GUGAUUGGUGGGGUUUGACGUCCUUGCAGCAUUGGAAAUGAUCUAACCUUAUUGGGCUUUGUCUAGAUAUGGCUGGCUCUCUCUUUAUUCUACGAAGUAGCAAACAAUAUUUAUAGUUGGACGUCCCUCCUUCUUUGUAUAUCCUGUCGAACGAUUCCUUCAUGUACAAACAGCACUUCACUGUGCUUCACUUCUCUCUCUUUCUCCAUGCAAAAUGGUUCGGCCACAGGGCUCUUCACCCAUCAAGAAUCACAAGCACCGGCUCAAAACCGCACCUCAAGUCAAGGGUCUUAAUAACAAGUUUGCCCCACGUGUUGGCACACGACGUAGCAGGCGAUUGCAAGGAUUAUCUCCCACCCAAGUAUCUGAAGUUGAAGCUGAAGCUGCAAAGGUUGAUAAGCCAAACAAUGUGCGCCUCGCAAACCGGCUUCAAAGACUCCCUUCUCCCCAACAUGAGUUCUCAUGGGUGCGCUUGCAGGAAGAUUCUGGAGCCGAACACGACGAACUAGAAGACACACCCCCUUUGCCCCCAUACAAACAGUCCAGUCGACCCCCUUCACCCAAACACAAUCUCUUUGUUGAAGGGAAACAUCAUGGGGGUACUAAAGCUCCAGCGCUCGAGCAAGAAAUCCCUCACUCUACCCACCAACUCUCUGAGAAAAACCUUCAACUAUUGGGAAUAUUGAACGGUGAAGACAUGGGCCCCGCAACCAGCACUCAGAUUUCCAGACGAACCCCAUCACGGCAUUCUACAGCCUCACAACCAGUGGAGACGGAAUGGACGGCUCGCACUGCUAGCACUACCUCUAAGUACCGCAAAUCAAGUCUUCAGGCCGUGCAGAUCUGGAUGCACGUUGACCCCCCUGCCCACAUCCAGGCCACGAUCGACCUCAUCAUCGGAGCUGAAGUCACCGAGCAGCGCCGAGCCAAACUCCACGCCAUAGCCGAACAAGUUCGCGACGAAUGUCGCGAAUGUGUCAGGUCUGAGGAUAACGAGGAUUCCUUUGCUCAUAUACUCCUGAGUGCCAUCAAGGCUUUGAAGGCCCUGGGUGAGAAGAAGCUUUCUUUCAAGCCAUCCGCCGACUGGCGACAAGACCUCAAACCUGUAAAACCUGUGAUUAAAGUCAUCUCCGCCCCACCGCGGAAGCGCCAGCGGACUGAUGCUGGCAACAAGGAGCUCGACACGCAACCCGAAUGCUUAACGACCAGUGUACCCACCCUUGAGCCAGCCAACAAGUUGAGCGCGAUGCCUCCUCCAGCUCCACCGGGAUUCUGGGUCAAGACUCCGCGUCCGGACUUCUCGUUGGGCAUAGAUCUCACCUCUCUCAUUGCUGAUCUCUCGUCGUCAAAGCGCAGUAACUCAAGGGCAAUGAAUUUCUUCGAAUGGUUAAAGGAAGAGGCGGAGCAACCCGAGUCAGAGGAGACGGUCAAACCAGUACUGAACCCCAUACCCACCGCACGCGGCUCACAUCUCACAUUUCCCUUUGCUGUUAUUGAGUGCAAGGCCUACUCAACCGGUAAACAAAUCUUCGAGGCAGAGAACCAAGCUGCGGUUUCCGCGGCUUGUGGUCUUAAGAUUCAGCUUGAUCUUGACGACCUGGCAGCUUGCGAUGCAACAAGUUCUGAUGCUCCGCCCGCUUCCUUGAGGACUGAUCCGCCUCUGUUCUUUUCUAUCUGUACCCAAGGCCCUAUCAUCGAAAUCUGGGCCCACUGGACAGUCGUUGAAGAUGGUGUGCGCAGGUUCGAGUCCAGUCCAUUGGAUAGUUACAAUGGGCUUUUCCUGGAGCGGGGGAAGUCCUUCAUGGUUGGACUGAAUAACAUUGUUGUUUGGGGUUUAGGCUCGUUCAUGAAAACAGUCGUGAAGCAACUAGAGAAGGUGGCAGAGGAGUACGAUUGGUAGUGUG